UACUUAUACCCUCAAUAAAGCGCAAUUUUUGAAGUUGUUUAUUUCGGCUUGAUGUUUCCUUCGGUUGCCUAUACAUUUUCUCUGCUACUUUUUGGAAGUUUGGCCACCGAUAUUUUCCCUGAUAUUACAUUACAUGAAUGUGCCGUAACAAAAGGUUGUCUGAGACCUGCCAUGUGCACAGAGUCGUCCUGUGCAUUUCUGGUCACAUGGAAAUUGGUAUCUGUACGAUCCGAAAACUAUGUGGAAUUUGAGCUCAGAGGGAACAUUCAAAAGGUCACAGGGUUCAUCGCGCUGGCUUUUUCAAAGGAUCAAAGAGUUGGUGAUGAUGGUGUUGUUGGAUGUUACUAUCAGUCGUCUUCUAAUUCUGUGAACAUACGAGCUGGAUACACUGAUGUAACUGGAAGGACAAUUUUCUAUGCUGGACCAGAUGAGGAGCUGUUAAUAACAGAAGGUGAGGAUUUGGGGGGUGUAUUCAAUGCAAUGGAUGGUACAUUACAGUGUCGUUUUAGACGACGUGUACGACCAUUGGACACAGUUCAUCAACUUAUGGAUUUAACAUCACCCAAUGCCUAUCAUUUGAUUGUUACCCGAGGUGAUGAGCGUAAAAAAGAUGGAUUUGGUCGUCCGUUUGCCGGCGGAGAAUCGAUUUCUCAACGUUCAGUUGUAAUCACUUCACCUAUCUAUGGAAGUAUGACUGGUGUAGCUGGUCGUGGAUCUUCAAUAGCCAAAACUCACGGUUGUCUAAUGGUAUUAGCCUGGGUAUUGUGUGCUAGCAUUGGCACUAUAUUAGCACGUUAUUAUAAAGAUGUAUGGCCUAAUUCUGGCCUAUUGGGUGAACGUGUUUGGUUUCAAUCACAUCGGAUAUUACAAGGCAUUUGUGUUGGCCUGAUGUGUAUCAGUAUAAUACUGAUUUUCAUCUAUUGUGAAGGCUAUUCACAAGCCACUGCAUACCCGUACUAUAUACAUCCAAUUCUUGGUUUAAUCGUUUUCUCAUUGGCGUUGAUUAAUCCAUUUAUCGCACUGUGCCGAUGUAAUCCAGCUCAUGAAUAUAGGCCAUGGUAUAAUUGGAUACACUUUUUCAUCGGUACAUUCGCCUAUGUUCUGUCGGUGCCAACAAUGAUGCUAGGUUUACGUAUGCCUGCUGCUGGAUUACAAUUACAAUUUAUUAAUUAUCCUUUAUGGAUUUUAAUAUUCUUCGUGAUAUUCCAGUUCACUAUUGAAAUUGUUCUGGAAAUUCAUGGAUGCCUAUAUUAUCGUCGAAAUAAGAAUAAACGUCGUACUUACAUGGUUGAAAUUGAUCAAUAUCAGGCCGCAAAACGUUUGAAUAAUGCACGUCAACCACGACCCCUGAACCAGAACCUUCUGGUCGUAUGUUCAAAUAUUUCAUAAUUGGUCUUCACGCUACAGUUUGUGCAAUUGUUGCUGUUAUCCUAAUCAUAAUCAUAGCCGUUAAUUAAGAUUUUAUUUCCUGUUUUACUUUUGAACUACUUUACUAUUUCAUCAGUAGUCUACGUAGAUGCAUCAAAAAAUAUAUAUGCUUUUUUGAAUUGAUGUAAAUGUGCCUUAUUUAUUUGUCUUUGCAUGCGACUUUUUCCUCUCUGUCUCUCUUUUCUUUUGUUACAGCUCUUAAUUGCAUAUUUUGCAUAUAUAUACAACUCUGUAGUACAUUUUUGCGCAUUGCUAGGUAUAUAAUUUAAACAAUAUUGUUCUUCGACUCAGAUUAAUAUAUUUACCAAAGUUACCUGAAACAAUGGUGAGGCUUAGUUCAUAAUCUCAUUACACAAGGCUUUUAUCUUAUUAUCAGACUUCAAAUAAAACCUUUAGAAAAGUGACUUUAGUGUACCUGUUUUUCCUCCUAUUUACUUUUUUCGAGACUUUAUGCAUUGAUAAAACAUUUUACGCCUAUAAGCAACACGUGUUACGCAUAUAUCCAACUCAAAUAUGGAUCAUAUUAAUAUUUAUUUGUUGAGUAUAAUCAUUCGUGUUCAUCAAUUUAUAACCCGUCACCCUAUACUGUUAUUAUUAUUACUAAUAUUACUGCUUACGUGACUUUACACCUGUUUGGGAAUAAGCUUGUUCGUGGAAAAAUGUCCAGAUCAUUAAUUCUGUUCAAACUCCUGUCGGUCAAUUCAGUAUAUCUUUUUCUCAACUCAUUUUACUUCAGUCAUAUACAUUCAAGCCUUUUAUUGUUUAUUCCUUCGCACGUUGUCUUCCAUGCAUUGAUUUGUUUCAGUCUUUUUUAUAUUCUAAGCGGUUUUGUUGUUUACGUUUACUUUUGAAAUCCUCCUCUUUGCGCUUGUUUACAUGUUUUUAUCGUUUUGCUUUUUAUAAUGACCAAUUUUAGUAUUGAACAAAGGAAGGAAAGAUAUAUCUACUUAUCUACCUAACCCAAUGGUUUAUUUACAUAUUGGUAUGUCUUUGUUAGCUUAAGAAAAGGCAAAUAUUCAGUCACUUUUGUUAUUAAAUCUAGGAGGCGAGUUU